CUCCGCCUCCUCCACGUCCACGUCCACGUCCACGUCCACCACCGCCAUCACCACCACCGCACCACCCACGUGCUGCAUCCUCUCCGCUCGCUUGCAGCGGUGGCCAGCACAUCGCGGUCGCUCUGUCCAUCUCUCGGUGCAUUUGACCGCCCCCCCAGCCUUGUGCGCCCAUCAUGGCGGCCACCACCUCCACCCCCGUCACGCUCGACACGCCCAUCGUCGUCAAGGUCAUGUUCCACGGCCAGACGAAGAAGUUCAAGCUGCCUCUGAAGGACCUUGGAGCCCAUGUGCUUCCCGACAAGCUCCGCACCAUCCUCUCACUGCACCCCGACCAAGAUGUCCUCUUUGAGCGCUACUCCGACUCAGCCGCGUCGUACGUGACGCUCGACGCAGACAAGCCCCAGGUCUACAAGACGCUCUUCCGCGCCGCAAAGGCCAAGCUCAAGCUGCGCUUGAGGGUGUCCAUCCCCGGAGAGGAGCCCGUCCCCGCACCCGUCCCCGCACCCGCACCUGCGCCAUCUCAGUCAACACCUGCCGAUGCUCCCCCCGCCCGCGAACCCAGCUCAGAUGAGGUUCCUCCUCAGGACGAGGCGACUGUCUCGCCCGUCAUCGCUCGCUCCCCCGAGUCCAAGCCCACCCCUCCCCCCAAGCCUGCUUCGCUAUCAAAGGUGGCGGACAACGAGGGCGAGGCUCCCGUGCCCCAGGCCUUCACUACUCGUCAGAACCUCUUCAACCACCUCACAGCUGCCAACGGCAACCCAAGCCUCGCCUUCCGUCCCAAGCCGAGCAGCCUGUGCACUUCGUGGGUUGUGUACUGCAACAACUGCAACGAGCCCAUGGAAGACGAGCAUUUCCACUGCAGCGUGUGCGACGGAGGCGACUACGAUCUUUGCCCGGCAUGUGUGGACAAUGGCGUCCACUGCCCCGGGUCCGGCCACUGGAUGGUCAAGCGCUUCGUCAGGAACGGCAAUGUCGUUAACAGCAUUACGGAGCGCAUCGCACCCAAGACCAAGCCUGAGACGGAGGCUGAAGCCGAAGCCGAGGCGCCUCAACAGCGCGAGGUCCCAGGCGCCUUCACUGACGAAAAGCAGUCUGUUGUCUACCAAGUGGACCCCACCCGCACAUGCAACUGCUGCGUCAAGAUUCUGGCAGAGAGGGAAUUCGUCACUUGCACCGCUUGCGACGAUUACGACCUUUGCAUGCAGUGCCACAUGAACAACAAGCACGGCCACCACCCCGGCCACGCUUUCAAGCCUGCGACAUCCGAGACGGUUCUGCCCACGCUUGCCGAUUUCCUGUGCAACUCGGGUAGGAAUGUUCGCCACUCGGCUGUUUGCGAUGGCUGUGACAAGUUCAUCUACGGUGUCCGCCACAAGUGUUUGAACUGCCCCGAUUGGGACUACUGCACCGAGUGUGUCAAGAACGCCAAGUUCAUACACCCACGCCACCGCUUUGUUCCGAUUUACGAGCCUCUGGCGGAGCCCAUGAACAGUGCCAACCGCCACUACGGCAUCUACUGCGAUGGCCCUCUCUGCAAAGACAAGGAGAAUCUCUCGUACAUUGAAGGCAUCCGCUACAAGUGCGCCGUGUGUCACGACACAGACUUCUGCCAGAACUGCGAGGCUCACCCCAGCAACAAGCACAACCACACGCACCCUCUCAUCAAGUUCCAGACACCUGUGCGCAGUGUCAGUGUGACAACUGUCAACGAUGAUAAGCAGGGCAAGCAGCUUGCCAGGCUUGGUGAUCGCAGAGCUGACAGGCGCUCUACUGCUACCGAGACGACUGCGGUCGUUCCUCCUACCAAUGCUGCGACUCAAGUCCAGACCAUUGUUGAUAUGAAGCCCUCCGAGGAGCCUCAAGGCAAGAAGGAGAAGAUUGCCAUUCGUGAUCUCCUCGUAGACUCGGUCGAGCCAGUACAGCAAGAGAAGGUCGUUGUGCCUGCUGAGAAGGAGCCAGUCUCAUCAGGAGCCAUUCCGAUUCCUAGGUCUGACACGGUUGCCGACGGUCUUGACGCCCACUUCAUCCGCGAUACCAUUGUCGAUGGUUCCAAGAUCUCUGCAGGCGCCACAUUCGUCCAGACUUGGACUCUUCGUAACCCAGGACCAAUUGCCUGGCCUUCUGGAUGCAGUGUCCGCCACGUUGGCGGCGACAACAUGCUCAACAUUGACAACAACCGCCCAUUGAGCCACACUGAUCUCGCCGAGGCUAGCGAGAGCAACGUCGUCCUUGGUGCCGUGCAGCCGGGUGAGGAGGCUCAGUUCCGCGUGGUCAUGAAGGCACCCCAGCGUGAAGGCACUGCAAUCUCGUACUGGCGCUUGAAGACCCCCGCAGGCGUUCCUUUCGGCCACCGCCUAUGGUGUGACAUUGCUGUUGUAGGCACACCGUCUCCCACUGAGACACAACAGGUUGCUCAGCCACCUGCUCUUACGCGUUCUUCCGCUACAACCUACGAAGUUGCUCCCAAGUCGAAUCCCAUGUACGAACGCCUGCUUCAGGCAAGGGCUGAGAGGAUGAAGCACGUCAGACAAACUCACUUGCAACAGCUCGAGCAGAGCAGCCAGCAAAAGAUGGAGCACAUCCAGCGUGUUCGCAAGGCUGCUGUCGAGCGCCUUCUCGAGGCUCGUCGUAGGGAGCACGAGGCUGCUCUUGCUACCAUCAAGCAGGAGCCUGUCUCCCCACCAGAACCAGAAGUCGCCGCUGAAGAGCCCGCCGCUGAGCUUCCCGUGGACGAGAAGGCUUCAGAACCCGCGAGCGAGCCCUCGUCAUCUGGCAUGAUCUUCCCUCAGCUUGAGAAGGAGUCACCCGAGUCCAGUACCCACGAGUCAGCCGUUACUGUCCAGCCCAUGUCUCCUGCUUCUGAGAAGAGCACCGUCGUUCGUACCGUCGCGGUCCAGCCCAUGUCUCCUACGUCUGUGAAGAGCACCGUCGCCCGUACCGUCACUGUAGCUUCAGAUGAUGAGUUCUUCGAGGAUGCCGAGAGUGUCACCCUUCAGUCCGAUGAUGGCUUCAUGACGGACGAAGAGUACGACAUCCUCGAUGCUAGCGAUGAGGAGAUGCCGUAAGCAAAACUUGAAAAGACGGCGAGCUGAAGUUGGCGACAAUUACAAAAGUUCGCAGAGUGCCUCAGGCUGGUAUUUCAUGUGUUUUGGUUCGGAGUCUUGGGUUCGGGGGCGUACAGGUGGUAUUAUAACACACUCUCUAAGCAGAAGACGCUGGUGCGUGCUUCACUGCACCUAAACAGUCGGGUCGCUGUGCAAACAGGCCUUGAUCUGCAACGGUUUUCCUAUCACCUGUCCUGAAUUUGAACUUUUCUUGGUUCUUUCCUGUGUCAUGUAAGUGUAGUGAGUUAAUGGUACUCUCUUCUUU